UGUGCAUGCUGCUUAGUAACCAUACAGCGGAGAGAAUAACAGCUCUCCUCCCCUCUAAUCCCUGAUUCUUUCUAACAGAGUACAAGGGUCUAUUCUAACAGACUCAGCUUGAACUGAACAUCUGAUCAGAGCAUCCUAUCUACAGAUCUCUAGGUUGGCUCAUAUUGCAGCUAAUAUGCCAAGUGCCAAGCUGGCUGCAUUUUCCCCAGUUGAAUUCACUGUGUCCACUAUAGAUAAAAUGGGACACAAGGAGGAGGAGGAAGAUGGUUGUAUUUGGAAGAAGCAAACAAAUAACAUACGUGACACUUUUGUGUUCAUGGAGGUGCUAGGAUCUGGUGCCUUUUCUGAGGUUUACCUAGUAAAACACAGAUCCACCGGACAGCACUAUGCUUUAAAAUGCAUAAAGAAAGUAAAUAGUGCAAGAGAUCGAAGCUUGGAGAAUGAAAUAGCAGUUUUAAAAAAGAUUAAACAUGAUAAUAUUGUGACACUUGAAGAUGUCUACGAGAGCUCUUCACACUUCUACCUUGUCAUGCAGCUGGUAUCUGGAGGGGAGCUCUUUGAUCGUAUAUUGGAGCGUGGCGUAUACACAGAGAAAGAUGCCAGCAAUGUUAUACGCCAGGUUCUGUCUGCCGUCCAAUAUCUUCAUGACAACGGAAUUGUCCACAGAGAUUUAAAGCCAGAAAACCUCCUUUACCUCACUUCUGAUGAAAACGCAAAGAUUAUGAUAACAGAUUUUGGUCUUUCCAAAAUGGAGGAAAGUGGGAUCAUGUCCACAGCAUGUGGCACUCCAGGCUAUGUUGCUCCCGAAGUCCUUGCACAAAAGCCAUAUAGUAAGGCAGUGGAUUGCUGGUCUAUUGGAGUUAUAACAUAUAUUUUAUUAUGUGGCUACCCCCCUUUCUAUGAAGAAACUGAAUCUAAGCUCUUUGAGAAAAUCAAGGAUGGCACUUAUGAAUUUGAAUCCCCAUUUUGGGACGACAUUUCUAAAUCUGCAAAAGAUUUCAUAAAUUGCCUUUUAGAGAAGGAUCCCAAAAAACGCUAUAACUGUGAGAAGGCCCUUAAGCAUCCAUGGAUUGCUGGGAACACGGCUCUCCAUCGAGAUAUUUAUCGUUCAGUAAGCAUCCAGAUUAAGAAGAACUUUGCUAAAAGCAAAUGGAGACAAGCAUUCAAUGCAGCAACAGUUGUUUAUCACAUGAAAAAAAUGCAUAUGCAUAACAGUCAGCAAAGCUGUGGAUCUUCCUCUGAGAUAAAGAUUGGAGUGCCCACUAUCAAAGUAUAUGAUGCUACAAGACCAUCUACCCCAAUCAUGAGCACUUCUCAGGACGGAAGCCUAGAUGACAAGGAUAGCUUACUUGUCCAUGCAAACAAACUGUCUACUGGGAGUACAGAGACAAAGAGUCUAUGUAACCUUUGCUAUGAUAAGAAUAAUCCUGAUAUUAUAAAAGCAACAAAUGAUGUAUGUAAUAACUUUUCAAAAGAUACCAGUUCAGUGGAUUUCCCCCAGACCCAUCUUGAGCAAAGCAAGAGGGCUAAUGAUAAUUCAUCUCACCAUAAACCAACUCAAGGCCAAGUUCUUCCCAAGUCAAAUCAAGGGGUGCAAAGUGACCCUCCCAAAAAAUACCUCAGGAACAUAAAACAAAAUAGUGCUACACAGACCAGUCCAGUGCACAAUACACUUUCCGAAAUAAAUCAAGCUGCUUCCAUAAACGAUGAUCACUCCUCAAAAACGGUCAAGCCACAGACUAGUCAGGCUACAAAGUCUACAACUCUGAGUAGACCAACACAAUCUGAUUCACCUUCAAAUGACAGCCAGCAACAGAAACCUAAAAGCAUUUCUCAAUCUAUUGAUCUCCCAUUGUCACCUUCUGAGAAAACUAAAGGACAUAGCUUACAAAAAACUCCAUCUGCAAAUACACCUUGCAAAAAGAUAACUUCACCGGUUACAACUAACACCACUCAAAAGCCUCCUCCUCAAGCAAGUCCAACUCCCAUAAAGGAAUCCAGCUCUCCAAAGAUCCCUUCAAAAAAGAUCAGUGCUCAGACUUCUGUUCAAGAAAGUACAGCCAAGAAGAAGAACAGCACAAAGAAGUCUAACUUAGAUCAUGAUAUCCUGUGCAUGGAAAUCCCUCAGUGUAAACCCUUGGACUUAUCUAAUGUAACUGCUAAGACUGAUAAGUUUUCAGUUCCUACUAAUUUAUAUGUGGCAAAUGGAAGCUCAGAUGAAACCUAUGAGAAAGGGAAGCCAAUAUCCUGCUCAGAACAUGUUCUGAUGAAGAAAAGUCACAAAAAACAGCCAUUCAUGAACGGCAUCACAACUUCAGCGAAAACUACGAAUUACACACACUGUGGCAGUGGACAGACAGGGGUCUGCUCAGUCAUGUGACAGUACUAGUGUAUUCUGGCUGACUAUGUUUCAUUAAGGGCUACGCAGUUACCUGUGUAUUAAAGCCACAUACUGAUCUUGCUUCAGAAUAAAGGCAGAGAAGAUUGCUUUUGUUUUCUCUUUGGGAGCAUUCACUGAAUACCGUGGGAAUUUUUCUGAAGGAUAUGGCAACGAUUUUUGUCAAUAAAGGAUUCAUAGCUCACUGAGGAGACAACAUCAGAUCUAUAUAGUUCCAUGACUUAAGGAUCAUCUCCGAUCAUGGACAUCACAGGGGGGACUUACCUACGUGUACAAUAAACUUCCUUGUAAAACAUUUACAACUAUACUGUACAUCUUACUGGCAAAACUAUCAUGUACAUAAUGUGUAUGAAAGUGUAAAAAACUGUAGUGUUUUGUAAAUGCAUAUUGAUCUACAGUGACCAUCACAAGCCUUUCUUUAGCUCCCACCACAGUUGACUGUACAGCGCUGUUGCACAUUUAUACUGUACACAAAUGCAGUGUUAUAAUCUUAUAACCCUUUUAAACUGGCAGGGACUCUGGCUCUAAAAACACACAUUGAUUCUACUUUUACCCAUCUGCUUCAUUUUACAUGUAUCAUACUACCGGUAUUUAAAGGCUAAGACUUGCACUGAUGAGGGUCAUAUAGCGUGAAACAUGUUUACACAAAAUAUUAAUAGGACUCUGUCAAACAGUUUUUCACCAUAACAGUGUUUAAGGUGAUAACAACACUGUGCUUCUAAAAUUGUACUGUAUGAGCAUUAUAUUUUCCUGUACCAAUACAUUUUUCUGUAACAAAAUAUAAAACAUGCAUCUGAUCUGAAAAUAGAUCUCUCAGUCUAUCAAGCAUCAUUGUGGCAGGGGCGGAUUUAGAGUCUAUUCUCGGGAGGGGUACUGCCAGAAGGUUUUGCGGGCAAUUUGUUGGGGCAAUGGCUGGUGUUAGCGCUUCAAUCAAUUUGUUGGCGCCAUGGUUGUUAUGGUGUCAGGAUGAUUGAAGCG